UUCUCCCCAGUGUCUCUGCUGCUCUGUGAGGGACACUUGUGUAAUCAGGACAUCAGAGGCUGAAGCCCUGGGGCCGGGAAAUGAUGAGAAGGAAGCUUGGGACAGAGCUGAGCUGUCAGGAGGCGGCUGAGUCCUUACUCAGAGUGAGAGAAUUUAGUCUGGGACACUUAGCAGCCUGUGGUUCUGGGCAAGGCAGGUAACCCUGGUCUCCCUCAAAGUCUCCUGGAAAAUGGGGAGAAUCUGAGCACUCAGCACCCAGGCUGUGAGGAUCCAGUGGGAUACUAUCUGUCAAGUGCUUAGCACAGCACCUGGCCCCUAGGGGGCAUUAUAAGAACACCAGCAAUUAUUAUUAUCAAUGACUAUGAUGAUCAUCAAUUCUGGUCCAGGAGGUGGAAGCCUCAGGCUCCUGCCCCAGUCACAGACUAGUCCAGGUCUGACUCUGGGCUUUCCUUUCCCCUCCCCCAUAUCCUUCCUCUCUCUCCCAGCAUCUCCUCCCAGGCCGACUCUUCAUGCUGAGCCGGGUCCUGUGGUGAGACCAGGGGAGAAGGUGCUUCUCUGGUGCAGGAGCCCAUCAUCGUCACACAAUCGGUUCGUGACAUUCCUUCUCCUGAAGGCGGGGACACAGGAGCUCUUGCAAAAGAACCAGGAAAGCGUUCCUCUAACUUUUUUCCCCCUGGAGUCCCUGAGUGCCCAGGAGUCCAGGAGCUACAGCUGCGUGUACUACUACACUUCCCACCCACAUGUCAGGUCGGAAGCCAGUGAGACCUUGGAGGUCUGGGUGACAGACAGCCUUCCCAAGCCCUCUCUCUCAGCCCGGCCCAGUUCCAAGGUAACCUCAGGGGACAAUGUGACCCUCCUGUGUCAGGGGCCAUCCCGAGGGGUGGAGUUUGCUCUGUACAAGGAUGGAGCGGAGCUGCCUGUGAGCACCAGUGAGCCCACCCAGCACGGGGCAGAGUUCCCCUUGAUCCAUGUGAACAUCAACCAGACUGGAAGGUACAGGUGCUCUUAUCUCCUUGGGAGAGACAGCCGUGUCCUGACCAUGCCCAGUGAUCCCCUGGAACUCAUAAUACAAGGUGAGGGCUGGAUGCCUGAAAGUCCAUCUGAAGAAAUCAAAACCAUCCUCAUCACUGCCCUCAGCUGUGCCUUUAUCCUCUUCCUACUCUUCUUUUUUACCUUUAGGGGUCACUGCCACACUGAGACUGUUUCUUCAUCUGUGAAAGUGGGGGCCAACCAGAAAUCAUCUUUAAGGUGCCUUCCAGCUCUAAGUCACAAGCUGGUGGCUGACCUAGAUCUCCCUCUUUCUCUCUCAUCAGUGAUUUCACAUGGAGACACCUCCAGAAGGUGCCUCUGUUGUACUUGGUUUGUCUGCUUCUCUUCCAAAUCUGGAGCUCCCCAACAUGAGACUGAGUAUGCCCGGGUUGCCAAAUGCAGUUGCUCGAGGACAUCUGUUCCUGAGGUUGAAGACCCUGAGGAACUGAUCUAUAUUCAGCUGAAUCCAGCCCUGAAGAAACAGCGGACAGCCCCUGGGAAGAUGUGUCCUGAUCCAACAACGUAUGCUACUCUUGCUCUGCAAUGAUGAACAAGAACUUCUUGCUCUGUGUUCUUCCUUUUUUUUUUUUUUUUAAAUCUUUUGCUAUAUAAUUAUCCAUGUUCCCCUUUCUCAAUGUGGGUCCCCCUUGGAUUCUCUUUGAGUUUUCUCCUCUCACACACUUCUGGUGAUCUCUUCAGCUUCUCUGGGUUUUAUCACCAUAACCCAGGCCAAAGGGUCCAGGCCCUCUUCCCUGAACUCCAGGCCCACAUCACCACUCGCUGAUUGAAAAUUUCCAAUUGGGUGCCCUGUAGGCAUUUCCAACUCUACUGUUUUAAGUAGAACUUUUUUGUUUCUUCCUUCUCCAAACAUCUACAACUUUCUCCUUUUUCAAACUUCCCUCCUUCUACUAAAGGCACCAGUAUUCUCAUGGUCUCCCAAAGCCAUACAUUUGGAGUUCUCUUUAUAUCUUUUUUCCUGCUGAUCCUCCAUCAUUUGCCAACUCUUUUCUAUUCUAUCAUCAUAGGAUCUCACUGUUCUAGCCCCAUUUCUUUGCUCACAUUGUCCCUUGUCACCACCCUCUUCAAUUAUUUCCAUAGACUAUUAAUUGAGAUUUCUGGAUCUGUCCUCAACCCGUUCUCCAAAAAGCAUCGAAAUGAAAUUUUCUAAAGCUCUGAUCUGAAAUAAUUUAUAUUUUGUCAAGGAAUCUUUUAUGUCUUUCUCUUACCUUUAGUAUCAAAUAAAACUUCUCCUUUUGGGCAUUUAAAGACUUUCACUGGUUAAUUCUUACCUGUCUUUCUAGACUCAUUACAUGUUCACUCUCUUUCUCUAUUUCAAACAAACUGCCAGUCUGUUGUUCCUCAAAACUAAGAGCUGAUCUCCCAUCUCUGGGUCUUUCCAAAAGAAUUUCUCCACUGCUUUUCCGCUUUUGGAAUAGGGUUUUUGGGAAUCCUUUAAGGUUCAGUCCAAGCAUAUCCUUUUAUAAGCAUCCCUUCCAGAUUCAACAAAACUGAAUAUCUUUCCCAACCAUUAUACUUCUUACUUACCACUGAUGUGUUUCUUUUUUAAACACUUAAAAAACAUCUUAAAAAACACCAAAUAAAUGAACACUUCCACAUAAAG